CAGUCGUACCGAAACUCUCCGUCAAACGAGUUCGCCAUACAGCGUUGUUUGGCGUCGUCGUAGUCGUUGUCGUCGCGCGGUUCGUUGUCUCUGAUCUGAGUCACCACGACGCGAGCUACUGCAGCGGGGUUUAGCCGGAGAGAGGUGUACGGAAGGGUCACCUGCGUGUGUGGUGUGGUUCUUUGCGCGAAGCAGAGCCGUGGAGCGUUCGCUGGCUGUAUUCUUUGCACGGGGUCCCUUCGGUGGCGCGAGUGUUCCGUAGAUUUGGGUUGGAGUUUUAGGAUUUUAGCAGAUUUGAGUUGACGAAUUGGCCUGUUUUUGGGGAUAAGGAAGUGUUGAGUUACUCGGUGGACCGCUCUGCGGAGGUCCUCAGUGCGAAUUUUCUUGUGAAAGGUGCAGUUGUGGUGAAGGAGUUGAUAGGGUUUUCUGGCGAAACGGAAAGGUGUAUCCUGCGAAGUAAUCGCAGCUUCACAGUGAAGUUUUUGAAUUUGAAUGUCAUGGUGAUUGAAUUACGAGGUGCUGCAUAAAUGGCCAUCGUCUACUGAUUUUCAAUUUUGAGGAAACCGAGCAGAAGAAGAGGAAAUUUGCACACUCUCGCUUUUCAGUGCGCUAGAAGGAAGGAGAUUGCAUUUUCUGCCGCAAGGCAGGAGUCUGUGAGUGGAAGAACCGAAAACGCAAGGAAAGGUUCGACGGCUCCGAAUCAGCAGGAGUGCGAAGCGUAGAGUACAGGGAGAAGAACAUCUGUGAGUGUGUAUGAGUGCAGCUAUCUCCGUUCGUCCGUUCUCGACUGCUGCUGCAAACAAGGAGCAGAGGAAAAUGAAAACAAAGUAGAACCCGUGCCGCGAUUUCUAUCAUCAUCGUCGUCGUCCUUGCCAGGACAGAUUCGCCGGAUCGCAACAGGGGGAAGUGAUGUGAAUGAAUUUAUAUCAACGUGACGGGAAUGGGAAGCGCUGAAACCAAACAAAAAGUGAUAAAAUGUGAAUGAUAAACGAUUGUUAUCGGUGCCGAGUGAAAUUUCAAGGCGAAGAUUAUCGAUUUGCAACCGGGCCGAGUGUCUAUCUAUCUAGUGAGUGAGUUUGUGGUGGUGCGUGAGUUAUUGAAUGCCCUACAGAGCAGGUGAUAAGAGAAGGCGGCCUGCUACAUUGCUCCUUUUGCUCCUCGGCUGAGGAGGAAGAGAAAGCGCUCUUGAUCAGUGCGUGCAAAAGUUCAAUUUUGUCUUAGCAAAAAAAAGUAAUAAUAAAAAUGUGCGACAGUGAGUGUGUGGUCAGCUCCGCUACCGGAGCAGCCAAUGGCAACAACAACAACAGCAACCAUACCAACGGAACUCCCACAACCAAUGGCCUCCUUGUAGAGGCCAUCAAUCCGGUGGUUCACAUGGCAAGUUCACUGUCGGCUCCGUCGAUGCAACAACAGUUGUUGCAACAGCAGCAGCAGCAGCAACAGAAACAACAACAGCAGAGCGAGUUUCUGUCCGCCCAGGAUAUUGCCAUGGAGAACCACUGGCUACGGGAGAAACUGAAGGAGGUUACGUCGGAUCGGGAUCGGCUGCUGUGCGAGGUGGCCAACCUGCGGCUGGAGCUGGAUAUGGCAGAACUCAAGCGGCUUCCGGAAGACAGUUUUCCACAAAAGAUCGAUCGUCCAUCCCAGAUUUACUCGACACAUCAUCACCAUCCCGGUAGCGGCGGCAGUGCCAGCAUCCUCGCCAGUGGUGCCAGCAGUAGCAAUGCGAGCAGCCUCUGCGGAGGAUCAACCGGUGGUAGCAGCGGGGCCGUGGCCACUGCCACCGGUGGCUACGUGUACCUGCCGCAGACGACGGCCCAAACCCAGCACCAGCAUUACGUGUCGCCCCAGCAGCUUGCCUACCACCAUCACCAUCAGCAGCAGCCCAACAACAGUUACCACAGCCAUCAGAUGGGCGGCGGUCACCAGACGAUCGCCACCCCUACGCUGCACAAGAAGGGCUCGAUCCGGAACAACGGCGAGGUGCUCAAGCGGACCCGGGUACAGAAUGCGUAUGAACUGUCGCAGGAUCUGUUGGACAAGCAGAUCGAACUGUUGGAGCGCAAGUACGGUGGCGUUAAGGCACGCAACGCGGCCCUCACCAUCCAGCGGGCGUUCCGGCACUACACCAUGGUGAAGAAGUUCGCCUCGAUCACGGCCAUGGCCAAGGCGGAGAAACGCAUGAGCCGACGGGUGCAGCAUCAGCACCAGCAGCAACAGCAGGCGGAACUGGAAAUGAUGCAGCAGCAGCAGCAUCAGUUGCACCAGAGCCAUCUGGGUGAGGAUGGGCAGCAGCAGUACGAGGAUGGCAGUCUGGUCGGAGGGCAGCGCGUUUGUGCCACGAUCUCAGCCACCCCGCCGGGAACGUUGCACCACCGGAUGACGCCCGCCCGGUCGAUGUCACUUCGCGAGCGCCGCCUCGACAGCAGUCCAAUUCCCCGCAGCCAGUCCGGUAACGCUUCGCCAGCCCCACCUGCCAACAGUUGUUCCUGGUCGCAAAGUCCGAUGCCAGUGGCUGUGGCCACCGGAUCGCCCCAGCAGUACUCGCAUCCGCAUGUAAAUAUCCUGCACCAGCAGCAGCAGCAACAGCACUACUACAGUACCGGAGGAAUUCCGUCGUCCUCGCCUCACCAACAACAGCAGCUGCAACAGUACCAAAGUCAAUACGGAUCACAGGAUCUGAACGUGAGCGGCGGAAGUUCCGUACUGGAUUCGACCAUCUCGUCGAUGAAUCUAUCCUGGAACAGCGGAUCCGGGGCGGCCAUCGUUGCCACAGCCGGUGGCGCCGUACACCAAAGUCCCUACACGCCCCACUAUACGGCCGCGCAGAUCUACAUGCGCCCCCGCGGAAUUGGCAUCGGAAGCUCCGGGGGCAGUUCCGGAUCCACCGGUAGCUGCAACAGUGCCAGUCGCAAAGUGCCACCGGAAGUACCAAAGAGAACGUCUAGUAUCACCUCCCAGCACACGCCCAACCGCUCCCUGAGGCCGAAUGGUCUCUGUAAAACGGCCGAAAAUGGUUCACUCAGCUCGGUGCAAUCUUCCGGCAGCGAUUCGUCGGCAUCGGCCGAACGGAUACAGGGCGUUGGAGACCUGGGCUCGGACCGGUCCAGUUCGCCCCAGUGGAAACGGAAAGGACCGGGAAGCAACAGUGGAAGCGCCACCGGUAUCAUCAUACCCGCUCAAAGUCCGGACCACAUGAUGGGACCGACGGCCGGUGUGGGAGUGGGUGGAGCCCAGAGCGGAAGCAGUGCCAACGUCACCAUCAGCAGCAUGGAGAACGAGUGUCUCAGCUCCCAUACCAGCGCCGCGCAGUAUUCCAUGGAGCAGCACGAUCAUAUUGUGCAAACGCCCACCAGCUACAAGGUGUCGGAGACGAUUCGGAAGCGGCAGUACCGGGUGGGACUGAAUCUGUUCAACAAGAAGCCCGAACGAGGUAUCACCUACCUCAUCCGGAAGGGCUUCCUGGAGAACACGCCGCAAGGCGUGGCCCGGUUUCUCAUCUCGCGCAAGGGCCUCUCCCGGCAGAUGAUUGGCGAAUACCUUGGAAAUCUGCAAAACCAAUUCAACAUGGCGGUGCUGGACUGCUUUGCCGGCGAGCUGGAUCUCUCCGGAAUGCAGGUGGACGUGGCCCUCCGUAAGUUCCAGGGCUACUUCCGGAUGCCGGGCGAGGCGCAGAAGAUCGAACGGUUGAUGGAGGUCUUCUCGGCGCGGUACUGCCUGUGCAAUGCGGACAUUGUGGCGCGACUGCGCUCCAACGAUACCGUGUUCGUGCUGGCCUUUGCCAUCAUCAUGCUCAACACGGAUCUGCACACGCCGAACCUGAAGCCGGAACGGCGGAUGCGGUGCGAUGACUUCAUCAAAAAUCUGCGCGGAAUCGACGACUGUCACGACAUCGACCGGGACAUGCUGACCGGCAUCUACGAGCGGGUGAAGGCCAACGAAUUCAAACCGGGCUCGGACCACGUGACGCAGGUCAUGAAGGUUCAGGCGACCAUUGUGGGCAAGAAACCGAACCUGGCGCUGCCCCAUCGGCGGUUGGUGUGCUAUUGUCGGCUGUACGAAAUUCCCGACAUCAACAAGAAGGAACGCCCCGGGGUGCACCAGCGGGAGGUGUUCCUGUUCAACGAUCUGCUAGUGAUUACCAAGAUCUUCAGCAAGAAGAAGAGCUCGGUUACGUAUACCUUCCGGAAUAGUUAUCCGCUGUGCGGGAUGGUGGUUACGCUGCUGGAUGUGCCGAACUACCCCUACUGUAUCCGGUUAUCACAGAAGGUCGACAACAAAGUGCUGGUCACGUUCAACGCCCGCAACGAGCACGACCGGUGCAAGUUCGCCGAGGACCUCCGCGAGUCCAUCAGCGAGAUGGACGAAAUGGAAACCCUCCGCAUCGAAGCCGAACUGGAACGGCAGAAGUCGGCCCGAGGUCAGCGUGGCGGCGGCAGCAACAGCGAAAACCGGGACUCGGGCGUGGCCGACGUGGAGGUUUGCGCUGGCCAGUACCACCAUCUGCACCAUCAUCAAGGUAGUGGUUCGAUUGGCGGCGUCGGAGGCGGCGGCGGCGUUUCACCUAGCGAAUGCGGAAUUGCACACACACAUAGCGAUGCACAGUUGAAGCGAAGCGCUCUUAGCAAUUCACUCUUAGAUAUGCACGAACAAUUUGGAAAUGAGAAGCCCCAGCGGCGUGGUAGUGUUGGCUCGCUAGAUAGUGGAAUGUCAAUCUCAUUUCAAUCCACCUCCGCAAGCACGGGCUCACGUAGUGACAUUAAGGUGCGAAUGCUGCCUCAUAGCAACACAUCCGGCCAGAUCAUAAUGCAUGCCGGCCAGCAUGCGACCGCCCUGAUGGGUGCCAUCUACCAUCAGCAAAUCGUGCAACAGCACGUGCCGCCAGCAGCAGCAGUACCACCACCGACGCAGCCCAUCAACGGUCAAUUGCCGCAGUCGCAGCAGGUGUUAGCGGCAACGCAGCCAAAUCAACUGACAGCGGCAUCGGCGCAGCCAAUGACGCGACGGGAGCGGAAGCUUUCCCGCUCCGAGGACAGUGCCACAAUGGCUGCAGCCAACGGAAAUGCCUCCGGGCCGGCUGCCGCAGGUCCCACUUAUGGACGCUCAACGGAAGUUUAAGCUUCUCGGAAUACAAAUAUCUGUAAUUUGUAAAUAUAUUGUGCAUCAAUCGCCUAGAAACACAAACCAAAUCUGUUUCCUAGAGUUUUAGUAGAUGUUUUUUCUUGUUCGCGCAAACCACCAAGCUACCAAUAACGGUGCGAAAGAGAUUCGCAUUUCUCUUGUCUCGAACAAUAGCCAACCAAUUCACACAAACAUACAACAGAUUCAAAGCAAACAUAUAGAUGUAUUGAUCCAAACCAAUAUCGACAAAUUCCAUAAGCAAUAGCAAUACGAUAAGAACGCAGCCAAAAUUUGUUUUUCUAACUCCUUUCCCAUAGGUGUGUUGAAACUUCUUCUCUCGGACAGAAAACUAUACCAAACUUCAGGAAUUGUGCAUGUAAAUAGUUAGGAUCGAUGUUCCCAUUGUCCAGCUCACCCGUCGCUCCCCCUUCAAGACUUAACCUUUAAACGUAGUAGGCUAAUGUAAUUAUGCGCCGUUUGAGGAUUGAUAAAAAAAGCAAACAGUAAUCUAAUUGUGAGAACAUAUGAAACAAUAUACAAAACAAGCGUCUCAAACCCAAAAACAAAACAAUAAUAUAUAUUAACUUAAUUUAACAAAAUAUCGAGGAAACACCGGCGAUGCGCGCCAAUCUUGAGCGUGUGACAGUAACACGGCGUGGGAAUUCAACUCGAAGCGAUGUCGGUGGAUUUAUUUUUGUAUUAUAUUAACCCUAAUAAACGGAACAAAACAAAACAUGCGUUUACCAAUUAAUUACAAACAAACAGAAACCCCAUGUAUAUCAUUCUCUAUUGUGUAAGCCUUUGAACACCCUACUAAAUAUUCGUCAGUAGACAGACACGUGUGCAGAAGCAAGGAGCGACAAGUUUGAGAACGAACACCGAAUGUCGUUACAGAAACAAUAGACCCCGUAUGCGUCGGACUUAUCUUUUUCUGAAAAAAUGCUUUCUAUGAAUUUCUGUGAGUAAUUCAUUUUACAUUAUGCUAUUUGGCAUAACGCCGAAUUUCAUCAUUGGAAAAUCAUCAAUUGUUUUUCUUCUUUCCUUUCUGACGGUCAUGAAGGUGGAAAAUUACUAUAUUUGAAGGCACAGGGCAACAUUAGGUGUUUUUGUUUGUUUCCCAGAAUCGCCCUAUUUGUAACGACUCUUGUAUCAUCCAAGUAAGUGUAAGAUGUAGGCUAGCGUCAAAAUGUGAACACAGGAAAAGUUAUGGGCGAGAAACGAACGAAACCACGUGGAGGGUAUACAAAAAAUGAAAAAUAUAAAUAAUCUAGUCCCGUUCGAUAAACGUAGUAACUUUGAUUAUUGAGAAAACAAUAAAAUAAUUGAGACAAAACAAAAAAAAACUGUGGGAAUUAAUUGUAAUCGUAAUUACAAAA